AUGUCCCUUUACUGUGCAGACCUGUCUGUCCUAAGCACUGAGAGAGUGAAAGAUUUGGAUAUACAAAUUAUUGGCAUAUUUAGGAGAGACUCCAUCCAACCCCUUCACUGCCAUUUCUGCUGCAGAGAUUAUUUAAACAAAGAGAGUGCAUCUGACUUUACCUGGCUCCCUAUAAGAAACCAAAAGACAGAUGAGCGGGAGCAAGUAAAGAUUCAGUUUGACUUGACAGUCUGCAUUUCAAACCUGUUUGGCAACUAUAACAAUGUACUUCAGUUUGCACAGACUCUGGAGAUGUACAGGUUGCUGGGUGUGAACCGAGUGGCGAUCUAUAACACAAGCUGUGGUCCAGAGCUUGACCACCUGUUGCAGAGUUACAGCCAGGAGGGGUUUGUGGAAAUGGUUGCUUGGCCCAUUGACAAGCAUCUGAAUCCAUCUCGUGGCUGGUAUUUCUCACGGCAAGGAGGGGAUCUGCACUACUUUGGCCAGCUGACCACGCAUAAUGAGUGCAUUUACAGAUCAAUGGAGCAUUCACACUACGUCCUGUUGAAUGACACUGAUGAGAUUGUAAUGCCGUACCAACACAACAGCCUGAUGUCUCUGAUCUCUGCACACAUCUACCAAUAUAGAAGUGUAGCAAAAGUCAUAUGUGAAAAGAGAGCCAGUUGA